CCUGCCUAGAAUUGGUAAUUAUGUGGGACACAACAGUCAUCACUACUAUGGAAAACUAUAAAUACAAGCGUUUGCAUGAAAAAUGGUUCUAUGGCUUAAAGCAUGUGCACUGAGUAACAGUAAAAUGUAAAUAAACUUGUCUGCUGUUUCCACCUACUGGGAAUGUACAUUAGUGAAACCAUUAUGCUUUAAAGUUAUGGAAGUCCUGAGAUGUUCAAAAUGUUUGACUCUCAUACUAAAUGUGCAUUGUCUGUCAGGUGUGCUCACAAUCUCCUGAAUGAUUUUUGAGGCAGUGAAAAAUGAGGAAGGCCAGAUUGCAAAGACUAAGUGAAUGCAAAUAGACGGUGUCCUUUGUGUCUGUGUUCAGUAGAUUAAAAGCUAGUUUAGCAGAUGGGACUGUUUAGACUUCCAACUCCCGUGUGUAUUGCGGACUCCUCCAUGAUUGUGGUGAAGGCUGGCGGUACAACAACGGAUGUUACUCCUAGAGAGCUUUUCUUGGGAGAAGCAGAACAGUCAGUGCUGGUGAUGCUGAGUACGUCAUUGAAGCUGGACUGCAAGACUGUGGCUCCAGACUAACUAAGCGGUUUAUGGAUUUAUUUUUACUUGCUGUACAUUUUUGUUUUAGAUAUUUGUCUCUAGAUAUCUGAGGACUCUGAUUUACUCAAUCUGAUCUCUCCAGCUGCUAGUUACAAUGGCAUCACAAGGAUGACAUGCUGUAGUUCGUGUUUCCUGCCUCUCUAAAAGGUGAAAGUUCAUCACACUCUUGUACAGUGAGGGCAAUUUCACUGUUGUAGACUUCUUCUGACCCUCUCCUAUUCAACAGUCUGCCUUCUCACUCAAGCUGAUGACAGGUAUGUGGCUCUUAUGGUUUGUCUUGAUGAAGCGUGCAUGCAGUGAUGUUUGUCUACAUGUUAGAUGAUUGUUCAAGUGAGAUGUUCUCCAGCGUCUUCUACCUCAGCGCAUCUUACUCUGGUCCUGAUUCAGGACAAAGGCAGCUGUGCUGACACCUGACGCAACAUCAGUGCCCACAUAGUACUUCACUGAUAACCACAAGUAAGAGGAACUUGGUAUGUGGUUUGAAACUACAUAUUGGCUUUCGCAGUGCAUGAGGAAAAAGAUUUUUGUCAGGCGUCUCGCUGAUGCAAAAGAAGGCUCAAAUGCACUGUGCCAACGCAGAACGAGGACUUCUUCGCUUCAGCUUGAUGCUUUCCUGUUUCAGUGGGAUUCAAGGAACUCGAUUUAUAUCACAUGCCAGCUGAAAGCUACCUCUGAAAUGUGGAGCAGCAGUCCCAUCAACAAGGUCUUCAAUUAUGUACAUUCAAGAUGGGAAAAUGUGGAUGGGGGAGAUGAUGUAUGUCAAUGUUGUCGCAACACUUAGAAAGAUGAGACAAAUCUGAGACGUCUGAUCCCUGAAGGUAUGUCAUGCUGUAGGUCCCGGAAAGAAUUUCAUUACUAGUAUAAACUUGUGGUAUUUCUGUGCAAAAGUCCCAACAAAAAUGCUCUCCUAUUAACAUUUUGAUUCAUGUUUCAGAUACCAUGGCAUGUGACACCGUAACCCUUUGAUUUUCCCCAGCAAGUAGACAAGAUUACAGUCAUAAACAGUCAAUAUUUGAAUUGUCAUUAAAAUGUUAUUGACAUGUGAGUAACAUUCAAAUCAACCAUCCUGACUGAAGAGUCAGUUUAAAUACUGACUAAGGUCGGUCUUUUACGGCAGAUCAGUAAUAUGAUUGUUCACUACCCUCCAGUGGUCACAGUGAGGAACUUCAACACUGAAUUAAACUGCUUAAUGUUUCAGUA